CUUUGUGUCCAUUUAUGUCUAUCAAAAGCAAGCUACUAGAAUGUAAAAAAAGCAAUUAAUAAAAUAGAAUCAUGCUUUCAUUUCAACAUUUCUACAUUAUAAUCGUAGCUUAUUAAUGUAAAACCGUGCGCGCGCAUGCUCAGUUUUGCCUUUGAACCAAGAAGCCAAAUAGCAUCGGAGGCUACUUCAAGCGGUUAGACGACACAGGCGCAGCUAGUAGGUUAGCCGCGUAGUCAACCAUGGUGAAUGUUAAGAAACGGAAACGAGUAAUUGACUCCGACUCUGAAGAUAGCGGUAGCGAUGACAAUUUAGAUCAGGAGUUGUUGUCCCUUGCCAAGGGUAAGAGGGUUGAUUCGGGCGAGCAGGAUGAGACUGUGAACAAACCAGCAGCCUCCACAGACUCUGAGACAUCCGACAGCGACGAUGAGUGGACCGUUGGUGGCACCAAGGGCAAGAAGAAGGUUAAGCCGGGGAAGGGUUCUGAAAAGAAGAGCGCUUCGAAAAAGAAAGUUAACAAGGCGACGGCAUCUGGCAGCUCUGAUGGCGACAGCUCAGCGGACAGCUCUGCUCCAGAGGAGGGAGAGGUGUCAGAUUCAGAAAGUAACAGCUCGUCGUCUAGCUCAGACUCUGACUCCUCAGAGGAUGAGGUGUUUAAAGACGGUUAUGAUGACGACUUGAUGGGUGAUGCUGAGGACAGAGCGCGUCUGGAACAGAUGACUGAGAAGGAGAGGGAGCAAGAGCUGUUCAACAGAAUUGAGAAGAGAGAGGUGCUAAGAAGACGGUUUGAAAUUAAAAAGAAGCUGAAAGAUGCAAAGAAAAAAGAGAAAGAGGAGAAGAAGAAGAAGCAGGAGGAAGAGCAAGAAAAGAGGAAACAAUCUCAGGUUCAAGACACUCAGGUGGUGUCUAUGUCACACAAUAAGGAACGGCGAUCCAAACGUGAUGAAAAACUGGACAAAAAGUCCCAAGCCAUGGAAGAACUAAAAGCUGAACGUGAAAAGAAAAAAAAUAAAACAGCUGAACUGCUGGCUAAAAGAGAGCCCCUCAAAACAAGUGAAGUCUAUUCAGAUGAUGAGGAAGAAGAAGAGGAAGAUGACGAUAAAUCAUCUGUUAAAAGCGACCGAAGCUCACGUUCAUCGUCUUUUGACGACGAUGAAAAAGAGGAGACUCCUCCAAAAUCACAGCCUGUUUCGCUCCCUGAAGAGCUCAACAGGGUCCGUCUUUCCAGACACAAACUGGAGCGCUGGUGCCACAUGCCCUUCUUCGCCAAGACAGUGACAGGCUGCUUUGUCAGAAUAGGGAUUGGGAACAGCAGCAGUAAACCAGUUUAUAGGGUUGCUGAAAUCGUGGAUGUAGUAGAAACAGCAAAGGUUUAUCAACUUGGAUCAACGCGGACAAACAAGGGAUUACAGUUAAGGCAUGGGGGUGACACACGAGUGUUCAGACUUGAGUUUGUAUCAAAUCAAGAGUUCACAGAAAAUGAAUUUAUGAAAUGGAAGGAGGCGAUGAUUGUCGCUGGGAUGCAGGUACCAACUCUGGAUGAAAUCACCAAGAAGGAACAGUCCAUCAAAGAAGCGCUGAAUUAUAAGUUUAAUGAUAAGGACAUUGAGGAUAUCGUUAAGGAGAAGGACAGAUUCCGAAAAGCACCGCCUAAUUAUGCAAUGAAGAAAACACAACUACUUAAAGACAAGGCUAUGGCAGAAGAAAGUGGUGAUGGAGAGAGAGUAAAAACUAUCCAGGAUCAGCUGAAUGAGCUGGAGGAGAGGGCUGAGGCACUGGACAGACAGAGGACCAAGAAUAUUUCAGCCAUCAGCUACAUUAAUCAGAGGAACAGAAGCUGGAACAUUGUUGAAUCUGAGAAAGCACUUGUGGCUGAAGGCCAGAAUUCCAAAAAUCAACAAAUGGACCCCUUCACACGAAGACAGUGCAAACCAACCAUGGUGUCAAAUGCCAGAGAUCCGUCGGUCCAUGCAGCUAUUCUCGCUCACCUGAACCAGAAGUAUGGCUCAGGGUCAGGGGGUGCAGAUCCUGCUAGUGCAGACAAGAACAAAGUGGGCCAAGUAAACCCUAAAGACAAAGAUGUCCCCAAGCCAACCACUGACCUCUCAGAAGACCUGUUUAAAGUUCAUGAUUUUGAUGUUAAGAUUGACCUACAGGUUCCUAACGCAGAAGCGAAAUCUCUCUCAGUGAGCUCCAACGCCCUGCCCGUGAAGGACGGAGCUCCCCGUCGGUCACUUAACCUGGAAGACUACAAGAAGAGGAGGGGCCUGAUCUGAUUCAGGAAGCUCUUCACGCCGGAACCACACUUGCAUGUGGAUGUGGGUUUAUGUUUUGUUUUUUGUUUUUGUUUUUUCUGAGAAAGAGUAUGAUUGUUUGGGUGAGUGAGAGAGUGCGAGCGCAUGAGUGAGUCCAGAAAAACGUGUUUGGAAAGGAACAGACUCUUCAUCCAAAACGAGGAAUAAAUUACUGAUGUAAUAAAUGCAACAAAGAUCACCUUUGGAAGAAAAAUGUCCAAAUAUAUGUUGUUCUUGCAUUAGCCCCAAUGAGCUGUUGUACCUUUUUUUUUUUGUGCUUUACUUUUUAUUUAACCUCUGUUUUCCCACUUCCAACUCAAGUCUGAUAAAGAUGGCACAUUUGGAUUAAUACAUCAGAUAAGGACACUAUCUUAGAAGACUUUAGUUGAUUUUAAUUACUGAACAUCUGAUGGAGUGAGUCGCUUCCCCUCUCCAUCACUCAGACAAUGUUAUAUACCUUUUACCUGCCAUAAAUGUACAAUCAUCAGCCCUUAAAGUCCAUCCUGAAUUCGAACAGUUUUGUGGGUUUUUGCCGUGUAGAUGAUUGUAGUCUGAUUCCAGCAUAGCAUGGCCAUCCAUGCUGAAAAUGAAAAGUUCAGUAUAUGUGGGCUGGACACUUGGGACUUUUAAGGUCUCAGAAAUAGAUAAACAGAGGAACUAUUUUCUUUAGCCUGGUUAUAAAGGUGAAGCUUAAUUUCUCUUAUCUUGUUUGGUUGUUCAUGGCAUUAACUCCUCUGCUGUUGAACUCCCAGAGCAGAUUCUCCAUGUUAUCGAUUGUGUCAAUAGUCGGUUCUUGUAUUGAUGUGGCAUGCCCUGUAAAUAUGCAUUUUCAAGUGAGUGCAGAAAAGAAUAAAGAGGCACUG